AUGGUAGGUACCGUGACGUCACAAGGGGGCGCCCUCGGGAGCGCGGGCAAUUUGGACGGAAAAGCCAGAGUCGGCGGGACAGCGAGAUUCCCCGGGGGGCAUUUCCCUGACGGAGACCAGGCUUUGGGAGAGUUGCGCGGUUGGGGGGAUUUCCACGGUCAGGUCACCGGGGCCCCCGGAGAGGAGCUCUUCUAUUCCUUUUUCAAGUCCCUUGUGGGCAAGGAUGUGGUGGUGGAACUCAAGAAUGACCUGAGCAUCUGUGGAACACUCCAUUCUGUGGAUCAGUAUCUCAAUAUCAAACUGACAGACAUCAGUGUCACAGACCCUGAGAAAUACCCUCACAUGUUAUCAGUGAAGAACUGCUUCAUCCGGGGCUCAGUGGUCCGCUAUGUACAGCUGCCCGCAGAUGAAGUUGACACACAGUUGCUCCAGGAUGCGGCCAGGAAGGAGGCCCUGCAGCAGAAACAGUGAUGGCUCCUUUUCCCCUGCCCCUUCCAUUGAUGACCUUUAACCUGUGUCCCAUCCCAGAACCCCUCCCCUGCAUACUUGAGGUGGUGUGUUUUGUUAUUAUUGAAGAGUGAAGGUGUUUUUUUUGAGGGGUGAGUAGAUUAGAGGGUUAAUAAUGGGGAGCAACUAAUCCUUUGUUGAGAAGGGGAGGAUAAGUAGGCUGGAGAACUGCAGACUUCCCUGUCUCUGGUUCCUGCCUUUCUCAUUCCUUCCCUGGAGACAGAGAAUCUCCUAGAUCUCUCCAGGGCAGCUGGUGAUUCAUUUUGGGGAUGGAAGGAUCUGUCCCGCAUCGGGAAUAAAAUUUAUGAU